GGCUUCUGGUUACCCAACCAGGCUGGCCAACCUUGACCUCUCUGGACCACAUUUGCUUAGUUUGUUUUUCAGGCCAUGGUGAGAGAGAGCAUCAAACAUCUUACUGAACUCAAGCACGAUGUUUGUUCAGACUGGGCAUUGUGAAGUGUAAACCCAGGUCCCACUGGCACCAGCACUCACCUCUGCCUUUUCUAGAAGCAGAUCAGUCCAUAAUGCCUGAAGUGCGAGACCUCUCAGAUGCCUUGCCCGACUUGCCAAUGGAUCCCAUCACGGGUGUUGGUGUGGUUGCAUCCCGGAACCGAGCACCGACAGGUUAUGAUGUAGUUGCACAAACAGCAGAUGGCUUGGAUGCUGACCUCUGGAAAGAUGGCUUAUUUAAAUCCAAGGUCACACGAUACCUGUGCUUCACGAGAUCAUUUUCAAAAGAAAAUAGUCAUUUAGGCAAUGUGUUGGUUGAUAUGAAGCUCAUUGAUAUCAAGGACACUUUACCCGUGGGCUUCAUCCCCAUCCAGGAGACCAUCGAUACACAAGAAAUAGCUUUCAGAAAGAAGAGGCUGUGCAUUAAAUUCAUCCCUCGAGAUUCUACAGAGGCAGCGAUCUGUGAUAUCCGUAUCCUGGGUAGAUCUAAACAAGCCCCUCCUCAGUACACAUUCAUAGGGGAGUUGAACAACAUGGGCAUUUGGUACCGGAUGGGCAGAGUUCCACGCAACCAUGAAUCUUCACAGCCUGCAACUCCUCCUUCCCAAGUACCGUCUUCAACACCAGCGCCUAACCUGCCAAGGCAUAUCUCGCUGACACUCCCUGCCAGCUUUCGAGGGAAAAGUCACAGCACUCGCCUGGACUUGGAGCACCAGCACUCAAAUUUGUAUGCCAUAUCAGAGGUCUUUCUAGAUGAAGAAAUGGAAGAAAAAUUAAAGAUUUCGUCACAUUUCAGUGCCCAUAUGUCAACUUCUUUCUUGUUGCAAAAUGUCAGGUUAUCUAUGCCACAACUGCCACUUACUUCUCUUCAAUGUACAUUUUCUUUUAAAAGAUACUGUAUCUUUUAUCUGUAUGUAAUGAGGACAGACGUUUUAAUCAGAGGUUAGUCAUUUAUUUUUGCAAACUAUUGUUUUGCUUCAUCAUUUUUGCAGAUAAUUAAAUGGUUCAC